GACGCACUUGGUCGCUACGCAGGCCACAAACACGCUUCCCGUCCACAAGCAAUUGGCGCGAGUGAGUGUGAGAGAGAAUUAGUGCGUCGUCGUGUCCGUCUGUGUGUAUUUUACCACGAGUUGAAGAUCAUUCUCCUCCUUCGCGUCCUCCUCCCGGCUAUUUUGCAGACUUGUAACCGUGGAUAUCAAGAGGAAACGCACAUUUUUUCGACUAAUUGCGCACGCUCGUGUCAUCGACAACAAGGACGCCAACAAUAUCCCCUCUGUUGCGUUCUCCUGCUUUGUCUCUCUCCAUUCUCGGUAGAUUAAGUAGGUAGAGGGAAUAAGAGAAACGUUUUUCUCUGCGGGAAAUAGCAUUUUGAGAGCUGAAAACCGGUGUUUGUGCAGCCUUAUCGAUCCGUUCACAUCGACCGAUCGCAUCCUCGAGGUCUUUAAGUGGCACGCGCUGGCGCAAUAAUAUCACGAGCACGCCUCUUUGUGAUCAUUUUAAAGAGAAAAUACAUCUAUAUUUGUACUCAUACGGAUGCGCUAAGUGAAUGUAUUUUACGCAGUGGAUCUUUGGAAUGUGGCGAGACCACGGAAUGGAAUAGGAAAAUAACGUGCGUCAGAGCAUUGCAAGGCGAGAGUUGGAUUUUAAGGUUAUGGCUUCAACAAAACUCAAGGAAACCGUUGAAGAGGAUCAGGAUGCUUUGCAGUCUUCAUCUCAGCCUCAAGAAAAUCAAGAUCAGCAGCAACUUGAUCAGCAAGUACCUCAAGCACAGAUUCGUUUUUUAAGUGCUAAUGUCCUUCAACAACUACAACAACAACAGCAUCAACAACAUCAACAAGAGGUUCAGCAACAGCAAGUGCAUCAGCAUGGCCAACCUCAAGUUAUUACACUGCAACAGUUGCAGAAUUUUGUACCAAUGUCACAACAACAACAUGAUCAACAAAGAACACAGACCAUUUCAUUACAAGCUUUACCUCAACAAUUUUUGCAAGGUGCUCAGUUGAUAAGUAGUCAGGCUGCACUCCAACAACAGCAGCAGCAGCAACAACAGCAGCAACAUGGACAACAAGCUCAAUCACAAAAUCAACCACAAUCUCAACAACAGCAAUUGAGUUAUAGUGUAAUUCCUCAAAUGCAAACGGUUAAUAUUGAUGGUCAGGAUGCUUUAUUUAUUCCUUCAUCGCCAAUGACUUCAGUGAGUCAUCAUCAAUCUCAACCAACGAUGCAAUUCGCUACUGCUGGUGGGCAACAGGUUCAAUUAGCAUCUCAGCAAGUUCAAUUGGCCAAUGGCCAAACAAUCAUUACUCCUCAACCUGUUAGUUUAAUAAGAGCACCUAAUGUUUUUCCAACGUCAAUAAUUCAAAAUAUUGGCGGUCAAACUGUUCAAUUACCAACAGACUCCAAGGCAAACGUGGAUGUUUCAGGACAAAGUGUUCAAGUAAGACCACUACAAUUUCCUGUUCAGCAUGUGCAGCAAACGGUUCCUGUUCAAGUACCAGUCACUGCCAAUAAUGGUCAGACGAUCUACCAGACGGUGCAUUUUCCUAUUCAAGCAUUGUCUAAUGUUUUCAACAUGGGUGCAGCACAAAUGAUUCCACAAAUUACUCAACAAAUACCACAGAUGGCGCAAAUAAUAACACCAAAUGGACAAAUUCAACAGGUUCAAAUUGCAAAUUUACCCCAACUUCAAAGCUUACAAGGCCAGCAAGUAGCUGCGCAAGUGGCUCAACAAGUAGCUCAACAGCAGGCUCAGCAGCAAGUAGUUCAGCAAGUAGCUCAGCAUCAAUCUCAACAGCAAGUAGUUCAAUCGGUGCAGCAACAACAGCAACAAGCACAGCAACAACAACAAGUUCAACAAGUUGUUCAGCAAGUAAUUCAACAACAGCAACAAGCUCAACAACAACAACAACAACAGCAGCAAGUUCAACAACAACAACAGCAACAAGCUCAACAGCAGCAGCAAGCACAACAACAACAACAAGUUCAACAAACUGCUUCUACACCUACAUCAGGAACUACGUGGACAGCAUCAGUUUCUUCACCAGGUAGCAUCGGAAAUGUUCAAGUGGUAGGAAUUGGUCAACUUGGUCGUCCAGCAACGUCAAAUGCUAAUGUUAUUACAACAAAAGAUGGCCAAAAAAUUGAAUUAUCCGCAUUAUCAAGAACUGCAGAUGGAGUGGAAACAGAUAUAAAAUUAACAAGUAUUGAUGCCAGUCAGUUGGCUACUGGUCAGGUUAUUCAUAUACCAACCGCCCAAACAGCUCAACAAGCAAUUCAACCUAUCACAAUUACUGGUGCUCAAGGUCAACAGCUCACUCUAAUAUCAGCAUCAGCUUUAACGAAUUUAGCAACACCUCAAGCCGGAAUGAUGAGAGGACUUAAUGUUAGCAAUGGUGGAAUUAUGCAACUUCAACCUGCCAAUGCGCCUAAUGGUUUUCUCCAAUCAAUUCCUUUACAAAAUAUUCCUGGUUUAGGUAAUGUACAAGUAAUUCCUGCUAGUGCUCUUCAACCUGCAACCGUCCAAGCCCUUCCAGCUGCUUCUACAGCCACACCUAUUGUAACUGCACCUACGACAGUUCAUGUCGAGUCUGCUGAUCCAACCAAAUGGCAAAUAUUGCAGACAAUACAAGCAAAUGGAAGUAUAGCUCCAUCCACGCCAGCUCCUCAACCACAACAACAACAAACAAAUUCCACGACUAUAAAUACUACUGGUGAAGGUGAUACAAAGCAACAUAGACGGCGUGUUGCAUGUAAUUGUCCUAAUUGUAGUGAUGGAGAAAGGAUUCGUGAUAUGACGCACAAACGACAACAUGUUUGUCAUAUUGCUGGUUGUAAUAAAGUUUAUGGAAAGACAAGUCACUUGAGAGCACAUUUACGAUGGCAUACUGGAGAAAGACCAUUUGUUUGUAGUUGGGUCUUUUGUGGCAAGAAAUUUACACGAUCUGAUGAAUUACAAAGACAUAGGAGGACACAUACUGGAGAGAAGAGGUUUCAGUGUCCUGAAUGUACGAAAAAGUUUAUGCGGUCUGAUCACUUAACGAAACACAUCAAGACUCAUACGAAAAUUCGUAGCACGGAAGCUGCUACAUCUACACAAGAAGGAUCGUCGGACAGUCAAUCAUCCGGCGAAGAAAAAAUCAUAAUAGCAAUUCAAGAGACUGAUCAAACGAAAAUGAUGAUACCUACGGCUAUUGAGACUAUAAAAACUGAAUCAUCAGCGCAAGUGGUGAAUGAAUAAAACUAUUAAAAUUAUUUAUUAAUUUUUUGUAGUGUUUUUUUACAUCUUUAAAAAUCAUGAACAAUCAUAAAAUUUUCUUAAAAUGUUUAACUGGAUGAUCCAGUAGUCAUAUUAAGUAUUAAGUUUUUCAUUUUUCUCUCUAUUUUGACAUUUGAGUUUCAAGUAGCAACGUUAAUAAACUUACUACAGGAAUUGCUAAUUAUAUAUUUUUCUAAAAUCAUGUAUAAAGUGUUUGUAUAUAAUGUACAUGAAUGUAAAAAAAUUUACACAAGAAGAUUAUAUAUCUGAAAUUUUUUAAAAUAUGAAAAAGUAUUUGUAUUCAUUUUAUAUUCGAGAGGAAUGGAUAUUAGUUAUAUGGAAGUGUUACCUUAAUGACACACCUUCCUAACUCGAUUGAAAUUAGUAAAUUGCUAAGUUAAAUAAUUAAAUAAAUAAACAAUAAAACGAAUUUUUGAUAAAAAAAAAAACAAAUGAGUAAAAUUAAAUCAUUGUUAAAUUGGA